AUGGAAUGGAAUGGGAGUAAAGAGGGGAUGAGAUUCCUUGACCUCACGCUCCACCCCCUCGCCGUCGCCCUGGCCAAAGAGCCUGCGAGUCCGAGGGACGAGGAGACACUCUCCGAAAUCUAUGAAACGCUUCGGACGUGGCUCUUUUUUGCAGGGAGUGUACUGCGCCGCCAUGAAUCUCCCUUUUUUUCCUCUCCAGAAACGGAGACGGAAACAUGGGACGAACAAGAACUGUUGCUGAGGAUUGUUGAGAAGGGUGAAAACAUUUCGGCAGAUGAUCCGCGCUUGCUCAAGUACAUCAAGAACUACGUUCUCAUCCCACCUCUUCCCAGUGAUAUUCCCUACAACCUCACCAAGCCACAAAGUCACUUCUCCCAGUUCCCCGACCAGAUAGCUUUCCUUCAGAGCACCUUUGAAAAUUUUACAGGAGGAUUCUUCAUCGAAGCUGGAGCAUAUGAUGGCGAAAUGUUUUCAAAUACCCUCUGGCUUGAAAGGGAGAGGAAAUGGACAGGACUCCUUGUCGAACCCGACGCCAGAAAUUUCGACAGUUUAAAAGGAAAAAAGAGAAAGGCAUGGCUGUCCCAUUCCUGUCUCAGUCCUAUCCCAUAUCCCCAACAGAUGUCUUUGAAGGGAGAAGGCGCAGGAGCAGAGAUGACGUCCAAGAAUCAGACAGACCAAAAUGGACAGCACUUGAUCUGUUUCCCGUUAGAAUCAUUCCUCAGCGUCAUCGACCAGUCGAAGAUAGAUUUCUUCAGCCUUGAUAUUGAAGGAAUGGAUUAUGAAGUUCUCACUAGCAUCCCUUGGGACAUUCUCGACAUUCAGAUCAUGAUGGUGGAAUCUAACAAAGGAACAAGAGAACAGAUCCUGAAGUUCAUGGCUGAAAAGAACUAUCGGCAUGCGAAGAAACUAAAAAUUGACGAUGUUUUUGAGAAACCAAGGUCAUGAUAUGAGGAUGAAGUGUAUCCUGCGAUUAUUAUUUAUUUUUACUUCUUCG